UUGAAGUAAAAAAAAUAAAUGCACAAGAUUGGGAAAUUUAUUUAUAAAGCCGCUUCAAAACGUUUUUGUGCAAAUUAAUUGAAUAUUUUGUAGAAUAUUUACAAGUUUUGCAUAUGCAUCGAGCAUGUAAAUAAUGUUUCACCCACUGUUUCACUGAACAAACAUGUAUUUAUUUCGCAUGUGAUUAAGAAUAUAUUCGUUUAAAAACAAAUAUCAAUUGUAGAACUAUCUUUUAAAAUGCUUCCAUCAAAAGAUCAAUUAUUCAAAACAAUAAAUUGUCCAUUUUACGAGGCUGAUCCUGAAUCAUGUAAUCGACCGUAUUGUCAUUUCAAGCAUUCAAAAUCGGAGAAUUCAUCCGAUUCAACAAAAUCAGCUGUAAAUCAACAAAAUACUCAAAGUUCAAAACCCCCUAUACCGGUCUACAUUCCGACACCAAAGCAUAUUCUUGAAGGCAGAAAAUCAAAUGGUUCGACCAGCAACGAAUGUUCAGUAAGCAAACGUCCAAAAUUAGAGUAUGUACCAAAAGCAAUAACAAAUCAAAAUGAGCCAAUUCCGACGUAUAUUCCAUCGUCUGUGCCAAAUCCAAUGGCAAACGAUGAAUAUGAACCAACUCCAAUUUUUGGUAACGACAAUGCUGGCACAUCAAAUGUCUUUGGGGGCAAUGUUAAUUCAAAUGGUGAUGACAUAAUCGGUUUAUUAACGGAAUUAUCAAGCGAGCAAAUUACAAACAAUGAAAAUCGUAUCGAAAAUAUACCAAAUAAUGAUACACCAAAAAUUCACGAUUCAACCGAUUUGGCAACGAAAAAAUCGAAAGAAAACAGUCACAAAUCAUCGUCGUCAUCGUCAUCAUCGCGGCAUCGACAUCACAGCAGCAGCAGCAGUCACAAGUCGUCGCAUUCAGAACGAAAAAGUAGCAGUAGUAGUUCAACACACAAAUCAUCACAUCGAUCAUCGCGAAAAUCAAAGCAUUCGGAUCGAGACAAGGAUAGAGACAAAGAUAAAAGUAAACAUAGUAGUAAAUCGUCAAAGGAUAGUAGACACAAAAGUGAACAUCGAUCAAAAUCAUCAUCGUCAUCAUCGUCGUCGCGACAUCACUCAGACAAAAAGACUCACUCUAGCAAUAAUGGUAAUUCAAAUAAAUCAAAAGACUGCAUAAAUAGUACGGUAGUUUAUGAAACAGACAGCGAAGAAGAUGAUGUAGAGGCUCAAUGUCGCAUGAUAUUCGAUGAAUUUGAUACAUCGACAGUGGAAAUUAAGCCAGAUGAUAUGCCAAAUAAUGCAUCGACCGAAGAAGAGGAAACUCCAACGAAAAUUGAAGAUGUCACAAAAAAGAAGCGUGUCGCACAUGACAAUGCUGACAAACAAAAUAGAUUAUUAGCUCCAUUCAAAAAACAGGCCGAUCACGUGAAAAAUGCACUACAGUCGGUGUUUAUGCGUCAAGAAAUUGUUCGAAAACAAAAUGAAUCGAAAUUUGCGGAAGAACGGAAAGAAAAAGAAAAACGUGACUUACUUGCAUCGCUUGAAUCGGAUAAACCAGAACCAAAAGUGUUGGCACCAAAACAAAAUUUAACACCGCUCAUACCACCGGCAGCAUUGGUUGCGCCAAAAUUCCCUCCGAAAAUAUUUUCACCGGUCAGCAAUAUGCUGGCCAUCGAACGGGCCAAAGAGAAGGUAAUGCAACUCAAGGCACAGAAAAUUGCGCAACAUCAACAAUUUCUGCCAAAAACGAUUGCGCAAACAACACCAAAAGGUACCGGCCGUGUUGCACAUACGAACACCAAUGCGAUUGCAGCUCAGAAUACAAAACCAGCACCACCAGUAUUGGAACCAACCUCAACAAAAAUCUCCUACAAUAUUCGAAUGCAAUAUUAUAAUUUAAUGGUGAAACAUUGUUUAACCAUUUACGAUGAUUGCAACGAUGCCUGGGAAAGGGCACAAACCGAAGAAUUGGCUGUAUUUCAGAAAUGCAAAACGCCGGUCAUUUACAAAAGCAGCGCAUUGUUGACAAUAAAUAAAUUGCGCAAAGAAUCCUUGGAUGCUGGCAAUAUUAAUACAGAAAAGAACAAAGUGAUAUCACAUGAUGUAAUAUUGGCGGGAAAACACGGACAAAAUACAUCAUGGAAUUUAAAUCGAAAACCUUCUUCCGAUGGUUCAAACAUUGUGGAUAGUGUGGCCAGUUCAAAAGCAUACGAAAUGAUUGCCGAUUUGUGUAUGACUGAUGAACAAUUAAAGGAAAAUGGUUAUCCACGUAGUGGUAAUCGGCCGGGUUCUGCGGUCAUUCAUAAAAAACAAGGUGCAGCCCCAGCAAAUCCAGACGAUCGAUACUGUCGUCGCUGUGGCAAAGUAUUUAAAUUGGAUGAAUAUGACGAGGAAUGCAUUGAUCGAUGCAAUUAUCACCCAAAAAGUCCCGGCUUUCGACGAGGUUUCGCUGACAAUUCACAUCGAUGUUGUCAACAGCCGGCUGGUUCACCAGGUUGCAUGUAUGCAAAUUACCACGUAACCGAUUAUCUUGAUCUAAAUAAUUUAACUGGUUUUAUUAAAACCAUUGGCUGUGAUGACGAUUAUGUGCCUACACGAAAGGAUAUUUUCGCAUUGGAUUGCGAAAUGUGUUAUACCACCGUUGGAUUAGAAUUGACACGUGUCACUGUUGUUGACAUCAACCGUAAAAUCGUUUACGAUGCACUUGUCAAGCCUGACAAUCGGAUUAUUGAUUAUAAUACAACUUAUUCCGGGAUAUCGGAGAAAACACUGGAAAAUGUGAACCGUACACUACGGGACGUUCAAGCCGUUCUACUCUCUAUGUUCAAUUCGAAAAGUAUUUUGGUUGGCCACAGUUUGGAGAGUGAUUUCAAGGCAUUAAAAUUGAUUCACGAUAAGGUCGUUGACACUUCAAUACUUUUUCCACAUAAAAUGGGACCACCAAAGAAACGAGCUCUCAAAACAUUGUGCAUUGAGAAUCUGAAACGAAUCAUACAGGAAGACGAUGGUGGUCAUAAUAGUGCCGAAGACGCUGAAGUCUGCAUUGAUCUUAUUAAGUUUUAUUUACGAAAUCGCAUUAUAUAAGCAGAACGAAAUCCGUAAAUGAUUUGAACGGCAAUAUUCGACAGAUGAAAAAAAUGAUGAAUUUGCGUUGCUAAGCAGUUGAGCCUAUAACUAAAACUCAGUGAUUUCUAUUUAAGCCCAUUAAUGUAAUUAGCUAUGAAAAAUCGUGUGUAUUUACCCCGCAUUCGCCAACUAACAUUUCCCAUGCAGAAAAAUAAACUGAAAAAUAAUUUAAAAAUCGAUAUCUAAUUUGAAAUUGAAUGU